AGCAAAACCACAAUUCUGAAAAUGUUAGGAGCUGCCCUUCGCCUGCCGUGAGGCCUCCGGAUCCGGAGCUGGUUUUCAAAUGAGAGCCUAUCUACUGGAUGGAAUUUUCAUAUUUCACUGUCAUUUUGAUGCUCUCCUCUGGGCUUCAUCACUUCUACCAGGCACUUCCUGCGAGAAUGGGGGCAGGCGCUCUCACCAUCUGUCAAAGUAAAGCAGCGGUUCGGCUGAAAGAAGACAUGAAAAAGAUAGUGGCAGUGCCACUAAAUGACCCGAGGAGCUCGACCUAUAAGAAGUUAUUUGGAGUCAGCCUCCAAGAUCUUCAGCAGCAGGGGCUCACGGAGAACGGUGUUCCAGCUAUAGUGGGGACUAUAGUGGAGUACCUGGUGAAGCAUGGACUCACCCAGGAAGGCCUCUUCAGGGUGAACGGCAACGUGAAAGUGGUGGAACGGCUCCGAUGGAAGUUUGAGAGUGGAGCCCCGGUGGAGCUUGGGAAAGACGGGGACGUCUGCUCAGCGGCCAGUCUGUUGAAGCUCUUCCUCCGGGAGCUGCCAGGGAGCGUGGUCACCGCGGCCCUGCACCCUCGAUUCGUUCAGCUCUUUCAGGAUGACAGAAAUGAUGCUCAGGAGAGUAGCUUAAGAGACUUAAUAAAAGAGCUGCCUGACACCCACUACUGCCUCCUCAAGUACCUAUGCCAGUUCUUGACAAAAGUAGCCAAGCACCAUGUGCAGAACCGCAUGAAUGUUCACAAUCUCGCCACUGUAUUUGGGCCAAAUUGCUUUCAUGUGCCACCUGGGCUUGAAGGCAUGAAAGAACAAGACAUCUGCAACAAGAUAAUGGCUAAAUUACUAGAAAAUUAUAAUACUCUGUUUGAAGUAGAGUAUACAGAAAAUGAUAACCAGAGAUGUGAAAACCUGGCUAGGCUUAUCAUAGUAAAGGAGGCCAGUUGUAAGAACCCCUUACCUAACAUCCUUCAAACAAAAGACUUAGAAAGAGAUAUGCAAAAACCAUCUCUAAAAUCCAGGAUCCCCAAAUCCAGGAGUGAGGGAGCUCUUCAGGCUCAUAGAGUUCCACAACCAGAGCUCUGUGAUGGCGUCCCUCAGGUCAGCCUGUGGCUAAGUCAUAGAAAACCCUGCUGGGAUGACAUGAAUUCAGCAGAGGAUGCUAAUGUUGCAAAGCUGGUAUCCAGAGGAGAAGUGGAACAUAUACAAACACAUGGAACACUAGUUAGCCUAUGCCUGCCUUUGAUUAUAAACCUCCUGAAGGCAAGGAGCAGUUCACAGGAAGAUGAAAGACCUAUGUCACCUUUCUAUUUGAGCACGCAUGUAUCCCAAGUCAGCAAUGUUUCAGCAACUGGAGAACUCUUGGAAAGAACCAUCCGGUCAGCAGUAGAACAGCAUCUUUUUGAUGUUAACAGCUCUGGAGGCCAAAGUUCAGAGGAUUCAGAAUCGGGAACGUCAUCAGCAUCUCCGGCCCUGUCUGCCAGACAGCGCCGCCGCCAGUCCAAAGAGCAGGAUGAAGUCCGACGUGGCAGAGACGUGGGACUUAUCAACAAAGAAAAUAUUCCUUCUGGGUUCAACAGCCUUGAAGAUUGUAUUUUGAAUGCUCAGGAAGUGGAAAAAUUGUAUGAAAAUACUUCUGGUUAUAUUGGAGAACGGGGCAAACCUAAACGUCAGAAAUCAAGUUCCAAACUUUCUGAACUCAGUGAAAACCAAGAUGGUCUUGUGAAUAUGGAAAGCCUCAGUUCCAUACCUUCUCGUGCGAGGGCUGGACCUGACAAUGUUGGACUGAUGUCUGAUGAAAGUAAAGAAGAUGAAAAAGACGGCAGACAUACCCAGCAUUUUGAGACCCCCACGAUGAAGAUUCAGGAGCACCCGGGCGUACCUGACACCAAACUGCAGAGGACUCCAGAUGCCGACGACCAGCGGGAGAGCUUCGUCUCCCAAGUGCCUGAGCUCGACCUGACUGCAUUGUGUGAUGACAAGAGCUGGGAAGAGCCCAUCCCUACCUUCUCAUGGCAGCAGGAGAACGUGGACUCUGAUGAAGCACGCCUCUCCCCGCAGGCCGGACGCCUGAUUCGUCAGCUUCUGGAUGAAGACAGUGACCCCAUGCUCUCUCCUCGGUUCUACGCUUAUGGGCAGAGCAGGCAAUACCUGGAUGACACGGAAGUGCCUCCUUCUCCCCCAAAUUCCCAUUCUUUCAUGAGGCGCCGGAGCUCCUCUCUCGGGUCCUAUGAUGAUGAGCGGGAGGACCUGACACCGGCCCAGCUCACGCGAAGGAUUCAAAACCUUAAAAAGAAGAUCCGAAAGUUCGAAGAUAGAUUUGAAGAGGAGAGGAAGUACAGACCUUCCCACAGUGACAAAGCAGCCAAUCCAGAGGUUCUAAAAUGGACAAAUGACCUUGCCAAAUUCCGGAAACAACUUAAAGAGUCCAAACUAAAGAUAUCAGAAGAAGACCUAACCCCCAGGAUGCGUCAGCGAAGCAACACACUGCCCAAGAGUUUCGGUUCCCAGCUUGAGAAAGAAGACGAGAAGAAGCAAGAGCUCAUCGAUAAAGCCAUAAAGCCCAGCGUUGAGGCCACCCUGGAAUCCAUCCAGAGGAAGCUCCAGGAGAAGCGGGCAGAAAGCAGCCGUCCUGAGGACAUUAAGGAUAUGACCAAAGACCAGAUUGCCAACGAGAAAGUGGCCCUGCAGAAAGCUCUGUUAUAUUACGAAAGCAUUCAUGGACGGCCGGUAAGCAAGAACGAGCGUCAGGUAAUGAAGCCACUGUACGACAGAUACCGGCUGGUCAAGCAGAUCCUGUCCCGAGCCAACACCAUCCCCAUCAUUGGAUCCCCCUCCAGCAAGCGGAGAAGCCCUUUGCUGCAGCCAAUUAUCGAGGGCGAAACGGCUUCCUUCUUCAAGGAGAUAAAGGAAGAAGAUGAGUGUUCGGAGGAUGAUAGUAACACGAAGCCAGACUUCACGGUCACUCUGAAGACUGAUUUCAGUGCACGCUGCUUCCUGGACCAAUUUGAAGAUGAUGCUGAUGGGUUUAUUUCCCCAAUGGAUGAUAAAAUACCAUCGAAGUGCAGCCAGGACACCGGGCUUUCAAAUCUCCAUGCUGCUUCAAUACCAGAACUUUUGGAACACCUUCAGGAAAUGAGAGAAGAAAAGAAAAGGAUUCGAAAGAAACUCCGUGAUUUUGAAGACACUUUUUUCAGACAAAAUGGAAGAAAUGUCCAGAAGGAAGACCGCACUCCCAUGGCUGAAGAAUACAGUGAGUAUAAGCACAUAAAGGCGAAACUAAGGCUCUUGGAGGUGCUCAUCAGCAAGAGAGACACUGAUUCCAAGUCCAUGUGAGGGGACAGCCCCAGCCCGCGUGGAGGGGCUACAGGAGCAAGCUGAGCUUGGCGCCCGCCUCCCCUCGUCAACAGCAGCUCUGCACAAACUGGAAGGCAGCCUUGGAGCUGGACCUGUAAAGCAUGUAGCCCUUUGGCCUCCAGGCCUUUGGGAUCAGUCCGUUUUCGCUGCCAGCCUCAGAAACUGCCUGGAUGGAAGAGGGCAGCCUGCCUGGAUUUAAGAAUUUUGUAAGGAAAAGUCAAGAUCCCCCAGGUGCACAGAGACACGAGGGGAAGAUUUCUAACACUGGCAGUGACGAAUCACUCCGUGGAGACACACUCGUCUACAGAGAACGUGCACAGUUCUUCCCUGGAUAACUGAGGAACAUGUCUACUGUGAUAACAAGAAACAAAGCCCAGCUCAGAACUCCACUCUGAAGAGCGAACUCGCCGUGCGUGUCCAUGUCCUCUUUGCACCCGGUAAAGUGGGAACGUGCGUCGGAGCCCUAUUUGCUGCCUUGGCCAUUCUUGUGAGCUUCCCACAGAGCUGCACCUCUCCCCUU